AGCUUUAUAGCGCAGCUGUAGCAUUUGGCAGCACCCGUGUCUUCUUGGUAUCUCAUGACGUAGGCUCCUUUUUAUUGUCUGUUGUCAGUGUGGAUGAGAGGUUGUGGUCUGGGUGCUGAGAGAGCAGCUCUGCGAUAGUAAGGAAGCCGACGGCAGCAGGAAUGUAUUUAAAGAUGCUCAAACUCCGUCUCCUCAACACCAUCGCUCCUGCCUACUUCUUCACAGCCACCACGGUGACCUUUGCCCUGCAGUUUUACUUUUUCAUUCCGGCCAUCUUCGAGAACCCCGACGCCCGGAUCAACUCCUCCACCUUGCUCCACGGCGCCUUCUUCCUCUUCCUCAUCCUCAAUGCUCUGGGUAACUACGUCAUGACGAUCCGCUUCCCUGCAGCGAGCGUGCAGGACGCCGGGCCCCUCGUCUGCUCUCCGCGCUGCACUGACCGAGUGGACGCCCACUACCUGCUCAACGGCCGCCACUUCUGUAAGCUCUGCAAGAAAGUGAUCCUGAGGCGGGACCACCACUGCUUCUUCACUGGCAACUGCAUUGGGAACAGGAACAUGCGCUACUUCAUUAUGUUCUGCGUCUACACCUCCACCACUUGCCUUUACUGUCUGGUGCUGGGGGUGGCCUAUCUCACUGUGGAGUACUCCAUUUCCUUUGAGAACCCUCUCACUUUCCUCACCCUUCUGCCUCUCUCUGUUGGCUACUUCUUCCUGGGUGCAAUCCCAGGGCUGCAGUUCUUCAUUGUCCUCAUGCUGUACGUCUGGCUGGGGAUCGGUCUGACCUGCGCAGGGUUUUGCUGUCAGCAGAUCCUGCUUGUGGCCCGUGGGCAGACCUGGUGCCAGCUGAGGAAGGGGCAGGUGGUUCAGACACGCAGCCCCUGGAGGAGCAAUCUGAGUGAUGUGUUCGGGAGGCAGUGGGUUCUGGGGCUCUUCCUUCCCGUGCAGACCGUGGGGCGGCUGCAAGACCAUGCUGCUGAUAAAAAAGAGAGCUGAACACGCCAAUGCCACGUAUGCAAGGUUUCUAUUCAUUUACAACGCUUCUUGUUUUCCGGCACAAUUGCGGCUCCAACAUAAUCAUGAUCAUGUACAGCUCUGGCCAAAAGUUUCGCACCACCCUAUAGAAAAACUGACAUUUCAAAAUCUAACAUGAAAUACUGUGCUACUAUUAUGGCUUCCGGUAGACUUUUGCAAUAUAAUUUGUAGUUUCUUAUGUGAUGUUAAAUAAAAGAUCUAAUUAUGUUCAUAUUGUUUUUGUUUUUAAACAAUGUCUUAAUCUUAAAAUUCUAGGUGAUGCUAAACUAUUGGCCAUACCGUAGCUGUUCAGUAUAGCAAGGUUGUGACCCAGACAGUGGUGUUUUUAAACUAUUUCCUCUAAAAGAUUUCAGGGAUUUUGUCUUUUCCUGGGAUAUUCAGUUGAAGGCAGAAGGGCUACAAAGUGCAAGAGGAGGGGAAAAAAGCAUUUCCAUUUGAAAGCAGGCAAAUGAUGUAUUUUGGUAUUCUUUGUAAUGUAGAUGUGUAGCACACAACAUCCUAGAAAAAGACUCUUCAUAGACAGAAAUGCCUUAUAAAGCAGCGGCUUGAUCUUUGCAUUUUUUAAAUGAGUGUUUUGCAGUACUGAUUGUAAAUCUCCAGCUUAUCCUUUGAAUGCAAAUGGGAAUGGAAUUUUUCUAUAUGAAGCCUUUGAAACGGAAGCCUAUAUGUAUCUGUACGUGUGGUUUAAAGUUAAAGGUGAAUUGCACAUCUCUGCAGUGCAACCCUCAAUUGCUUUUAUGUGCAAGGUAGCACCAGCUUGGAAAAAACUAACUGGCAGUGCCACUAUAAUACUUUUUUUUUUAAAUAAUACUGUCUAUUAUUAAUUGAAGAAUUGUUAAUUGCUUGUUUCGCUAGGCUUUUACAGCAUACAAUGCUGUCCUCAAAACAUGCAAUUAGGUGAAUUAGGAGUAAGUGGUUCACUUACAGGGUUGUGGUGUGACAAAUAGGCUUUGUCGGCAAAAUAAAACCCAAAGCAUUCUCCAUUUAAGGCCGUUACAUAUUCGAAGGGAAUGCAACCUCAGCUAACAACUCAAAUGGCUCCUGCUGCUGAAAAGAAAAGAAAAUCAGAAAAUGAUCUAAUUUCACGCGCUGAUACUUACACCCUUCUUUUAGUUUUCUUCCUUCACAUUAUGCAUUUAUACAGUCUAAUUAGACAAGGUGUUAGGAAUACAUUAUUUGGGAUUAUUAUACGAUUACAUGAAAGUGCAACAUCAGUUUCAACAUUUUUUUUUUUUUUUUCAUGUUACAACAAGAAAUGUAUCAUUCCAGAACCACAACUCAGAGCUAGCAUUCCAGCAGUUUCAGUGCUAUUUUGUCAAUUGACUUGGUGCUGAAGCAUAUUUUAAAUACAUUUUAACAGUAUUCAAAACAUUUUCAUACAGUAUAUGGGUGUUUUCAAUUAAUAGCAUUAUGUGUUCUCAGCAGAAUCUGUUGUUAUAUAGCUUAUUGUGGUCAUAAAAUUAGUGAAAAUGUGGGCAGUUUUUUCAAUACUCAGCUUCUGAAUAAUGCAGUUAAUGUUUUUUCCUAAGAAACAAAGUAAAAAUAGUAUUUUAUAUAUAUAUACUGUAUCUAUAAAAAAUAUAAAAUCAUGAAAUAAUAAUGUAAGAAUAUCAAAUAAAAAAACAAAAAAAACAAUCUUCAGUGGGAUCUGGAACCGCGUUGUGCUGUUGUCACAUUAUCAACCCUGGUUGCUUUUCCAGUUUUGACACCUAGAUUUAAGCUACAUGGUAUCAAUCUUAAAACUCAAACGAAUAUCUGUUUUGAUCGAAUAAUUAAGUGAUCAGCAGAAUACACAACUAUGAAACGCAAUAUUAAGACUACAAGGUAUAACAUAUUUUGCUUUUAAAAAUUAGUUGAUUAAGCUUCUAAAUGAUGUAUUUUUUGUGUGCAAACCUGAAUCCCUAUUGUAAUUUUUCAUUCGUCAGAUCAGGUAUGUAUUGUAUAUGUAGACACAGUAAAACAUAUCAAGAGUAUACAUAAAUGCUGUACUAGACACAAAUGGAUAUUUAAAAAAAAAAAAAAAAAAUUGUGAUACUUGGCUGUAUUGAACUUUGUCUUCAAACUAUUGUUAUCUUUAUUAGUUAUUUUAAUAAAAUACUGUACUUUCAUGAUGUUUAUUGGGGAGUUGUUUAUAAAUUAAGAGAAGGAGCACUGGUUUUGGUUUCAUACCACACAUACACGAUAGACUUCAGUACAGCAGUCACAUGAAUGGGCAUUUGUGUAGAUCUGUGAGUAAGGAACAACAUACCAAAAAACAAAUAAUAAAA